AUGAAGGCCCGAAAGCCUUCAAAGGUGGUGAAGCGUCAGAAACAGUCGAAGCGCACGACUUCCACCACAAACCUCCAUCGCUAUCAGUCCUUCUCCGAGCGAAUCGCGAACUUGAAGAUCGAUCCGAUCAGAAGGAGACGGAAACUUGGGGACCAGGAAGAGUUGGUGAAUGAUACGGCGACAUACUUCGGAAGAUCCCUGGAAGAAUGGAGGGAUCUGAAUUUGUCGCAGAACUUCUCUGCUUUCGUCAAAGAGGUUGCGCCGCUCUCCGACAGCUUGCCGGGAGUCUUGCACAAUGAGGGAAAGAUUAUGGAUCUGUUGAUGGCGUACAUCGAGAAAGGAGACGGACUAUCCCUGGAACCCUUGCUCAGCCUUCUUUCGCAUUUCGCACACGAUCUGGACACAAGGUUCGAAAAACACUUUGCACGAGCUGUGGCAACUGUGACUCGGGUCGCAGCAAGGCACGCAGAUCCUGCAGUGGUCGAAUGGAGCUUCACAUGCCUAGCAUGGCUGUUCAAGUACCUUUCGAGGCUGUUGGUUCCUGAUCUUCGCCCGCUGUACGACUUGAUGGCUCCUUACCUGGGCAAAGAGUCCCAGAAGCCCUUCAUCAUUCGCUUCGCCGCAGAGAGCUUGAGCUUUCUCAUGCGAAAGACCGCUACAUCAUAUCAAAGAGACUGCGAACCUUUGGACAUCAUCAUGUCUCACAUACUUGACAAUUGCGACAUCAACGAGAGGGGUGCAUCCCAAGAUAUGUACCAGCAAGGUGUGAUGACCCUUCUCACGGAGUCGAUGAAAGGAGUGCAGGGCGGAUUGCACUCCGGCGGAACCGCGGUCUUGCAGAGCCUGCUCAAGAUCUUAAGCCAUCCCGAUCGAAACCAGAUUGCAGCAACAGAAGUUACGAUCGGUACAUUAACGAGCCUCAUUCACCACGUCAACGCCCAAGGUUUCGUACCAGUGCAGGAGACGAUUGUCGAUUUUAUCAGCAACCUCAACCUAGCUGGACGGCCGCUCUCGAUGGAGCUCGCGAGUAGACUGCUGUUCACCAUCGCGGCAGUGCGCAACGGCGGUCGGGUUCGAGACUGGGCACCUCUCACGGGACUAGUCGGAAAACUCCUCAAAUUAGCAGCUCAAGACGACUAUGAGGCAGGGGAGUCCGCGCUACACUCGCUCCUCAGCGCAACAGCGCUCACAUUGCAACAUGCAACCAUCGAUGCAACACUAUCGGCCUCGGACUCCCUGAAAGCUCUGCGACAAGGCACACUGGCUCCGUACUUUCUCCAGUUCUGUGAUCUAUUCGCGAGAUUAGGUCGGAAAAGGUUCAGCCUCUUUGUGCUUCCGGAGUUCAAAAGAUUUGUCCUGGAGCAGUAUGCCGGGAACGAAAGUUCCAUUCUUCAGCGUCUUCCAGCACUGGCGGUAGACAUGGAAAAGGGCGCUCUGGCAUGCCCGGACGCACUUCAGCAGCACAUCUUGACGCGGUUCCAGAGUGUCGUAGACACUCCCGAGACCGACGACAUCAUGGAGCGUGUGGCUUCAGCAGACCUGGCUCUCUCUGCAUGUCCUACUCUAAAGUUGGCACCUGCGACAAUACAAAAACUCCACUCUGCACAGUUCAGUCUGCUGCAGAGAGCCUUGGAAGAUGCAAAUUUCGGGAGUACUGCUGUACAAGAUUUUGCACUCGGCGUGUGCUUUGAGACCCUGGUCAAAGACGGGAAAGAGGACGGAGACCUCGCCGAGCUCUGGCCAAAGCUGUGCAGCGAGAGUCAUCGUUACCUGCAUCUGACGAGGUUCUGGUCUACAAUGCAGCGAUUGCUCGAGCGCUCGUCCCUACCAAGCCCGAGCCUUGAAGGAGCACACAUCGAUGCACUCACAACCUCGCUUCUCGAUUGCCUCUCGAUGCCAAGUCAUGAGAUUCGGCAAGCGGCACUCGAAAUCAUACAAGCGCUAUACACCCUCCGCAAGAUUCCAGUCCCCGAGGUCUUGAUGAUCGCUUGCACCAUCGAAUCUACGCCAGUCAGCUUGGAAACAAGCCGUGGACUCUCAAUGAACAUUCGAAGACUCGGCGCAGACCAUCAAGACAUGGACGACACGAUGGGCAAGGCGAUUCCCCGAUACUGCUUUGGUCUCCUGAAUCUUCGACUGUCGCAAGCAUGGGAUGAUGCGGCCAAUGUUCUAGCGCAUGUUGCGAAGACCUCGCUCGGCGAAGAUACCAUCGCAGGUCUCGCACAAGCAUGGAUCGAAGACCAAACUUCUGAACCAACUCCCGAUGAAGAGGUACACCGAGCGGCCAUUCUGGAUAAAGACUCGACGGGCUUCCAGGCUAUUUCAGAUUUCGAGUGUUUUAACUUCGCAAGGUCGUUCGCUAUCUGUCGGCAGGUUUUCGAAACUCCAGACAGCGGGCGGUUGUCUGCCGAGGAACAAUUCCAAGCGCAACAUGUCCAUAUACCAUCAAUCGCCACAAACUCACGCGAACAGGCACUAAGAGUGUUAAGCAAGAUCCCAACUGUUGCCGAGAAGCGAUCUCGCAUGCUCGUGCCGAUCUUGCUGAGAUGGGCGGGAGCGCAAGAUGGCGCUGUACCAGACGAGCAAGACGAAGCCGCUCCGCAACGCUGGAAACGCAAAGACCAGAAAGCAAUGCUCGCAAUCUUUGCGCAAUUCACCAAUCCGAAAGUGCUCUUCAAGUCUGACGAGGUGUACACCGCUCUAUUAAACCUCUGCGCGAAUGGAGACGUUGAAAUUCAACAGCACGCGCUCAAAGCUAUUUUCGCAUGGAAGCAUUCUGGAGUGAAUCAAUACAGCGAGCAUCUCAACAAUCUUCUGGAUGAGUCUAGGUUCCGCGAAGAGCUGUCAGUCUUCCUUCAGAACGACGACAAGGAGCAAGAGGGUGUCAUCCAGCCCGAAGAUCAUCCAAAACUGAUGCCAGUCUUACUGCGCCUGCUCUAUGGCAGAGCUGUUGCUGGUGGCCAACACGGGCAGGGCUCGAGAAGGAAGGCAGUGUUUAUCGCCAUGUCACGAUAUGGCGAAGAUGUCCUUGGCAUGUUUGUGGACAUUGCUCUUGGGUCUCUGCGAACAUUGCAGCUGACCGCUGACCACGAGUUGGAAUCAUUGCUGGCUUUGCUUAGUGUUCCACUACGUCAACAGCUUGGAAUGCUCAACAUGCUGGAAGACAUGCUGCAAACGCUCGGUCCAGACCUGCAGCCAUUUGCCGCAAAGCUGCUGACGGCCACUUUGUUGUGCACUGUUGCGGCGUCUCGGAAGAUUGAGCGUGGUGGCGCCGGCGAAGAUCUCAAAGACAACUCACUCCUGCGAUCCGUCCGACAGGCCGGCAUUCAGUGUUUGGUGCACAUCUUUUCGACAAUGGAGACCCCUGAUGUUACGCGGUACGCGCACAUUGCGGUAGAGGAACUCAUCGCACCUCGCUUGUCCAAAUUCGCGUCGGAAAACACCCAAGGAGUAUCGGGCAUACUGCGGCUACUGGCUGCCUGGGCUUCCUCAUCUGCCCAUCGAAGAUUCUUGAUCGAAUUUGAUGUCCGCAUCCUCGAUUCCAUCGCAGACCUCCUUCGCGAGCCGAACACCAAAGAUGAGGUCCGCCUCUUCGUGCUACAAGAAGCUCUGGAGCCCAUUCUUCGGGAGGAUGCGAAUUUCGACUUUACAUCUGAGCACAUCUCUCGUUUCGGAAGAAGUAUCGGGGAGGUUCUCAGCCGAGAGACUUCGAAGCCAGUAUUAGAUGCCUGCAUUUCUGUCUUAACUUUGCUUUCCGGUCGAAUUCGUGACUCCGAGGAGGCAGAAGCCAUCGUCACGGUCUGCACCGAUCUGUUGACGAAGCCGAACAAGAUCGUUUCAAACGCCACGAAGGUCGGACUGUUGAAGACGAUCCUGUCGCUGCUUCAGAAUGGCGUGAUCGAUCUUUCCUCCGUGGAUCGGCUUUACGACGCACUCUGCGGUCUUUUCUCGCGGUUCCAUGACUCCACGAGUCGGCUCCUCCUGUCCGAGGUGCUCCUCUCCAUGUCAAGAGAUGACGAAGAUCUUGCAAAGACUGCCACGAUAUGUCAAGAUCUGGAUUCGACCACCGGCAUCUCCCGCGAACCAGAUCAUGCCAGGAGGGAGGCUGCAUUCGCAAAGGUCUACGCCCAGAGUGGAGAGUUCUCGCUGCAGCAAUGGAAGCCUCUUGUCCAUGUCUUCCUCUUCUACGUCCGAGACGAAGACGACCUCGUCAAUCGAACAAGUGCCACGAGAGCGUUGCAGAGGUUUUUGGAUGCAGCAUCGAAGGACGUGGAUACCUUCAAGCCAUUGAUAUCAUCUGCGGUGCUUCCUGGCAUCGUCUACGGCGUCAAGAGCCAGUCGGAGCUUGUGAGGGCUGAGUAUCUCCUUCUGCUCGGGUAUAUUGUCGAGAAGCUCCCGCAGUGGCCAGCCGUGGAAGACAUGCGGAGUCUGAUUGUGGAUGGCGACGAGGAAGCUUCUUUCUUCACCAAUAUCCUCCACAUUCAGCAGCACCGGCGUCUGAGGGCUCUGCGUCGCCUUUCCGAUGAAGCGCCAAAGCUUCGCUCCAGCAACGUCACUCAAUUCUUCAUACCCUUGCUUGAGCAUUUUGUGUUUCAUCCUGCGGAAGGUGACUCUGGUAGAACGCUGGCAGAUCAAAGUGUUGCAACUCUCGGCGCGCUGGCGCAGGCGCUCAACUGGUCGGUGUUCAGAGCCACCUUUAAGCGCUAUGCGAAUCUGCUCAAAUCUGAGGAUCAUGAUGAGAAGGUGACUUUGCGGCUUCUGAGUGUCUUUGUCGAUGCUAUCAGUACGACUUCCGGAACUCACGACAAUGUCGACUCUACGGAGCAGACGUCAAAGAGAUCAGAGACUGUCAAACGCGAACUCCUACCGCCGCUGGUUGGCUAUCUUCACCACAAGGAUGAGUCCACUGUUGAUCGCCGGAUGCCCGUCGCCAUCACUAUCGCAAAGCUCUUACUCACGCUGCCGCAACCAGAUAUUGCGUCUCGCCUGCCACCGGUGCUUACGGAUGUCUGCCAAGUUCUACGGAGCCGUAGCCAAGAAGCAAGAGACCAGGCAAGAAAGUCCCUUGCUAGCAUCUUCUCGCUCGUUGGGCCGACCUACUUCGGAUUUCUUCUCAAGGAGCUACGCUCGGCUUUGCAACGAGGCUCUCAGCUCCAUGUGCUCUCUUUCACUGUACACUCACUGCUAGUGAAUACAGUGAGUGGAUUUGAACCAGGCGAGCUCGACGAAUGCCUACCCGAUCUGAUGUCGAUCAUCAUGGACGACAUCUUCGGUGCGACUGGGCAAGAGAAGGAUGCAGAGGAAUACAAGAGUGCCAUGAAGGAAGUCAAAAGCAGCAAAAGCUUCGACACGAUGGAGCUCUUGGCUACCGUGACGCCAAUUCAGCGACUGGGCAGGCUCGUACAGCCUCUGCAAGCCCUACUGGCCGAGAAGCUCGACAUCAAGGUGCUCACGAAGAUUGACGAUCUCCUCAGCCGACUUCGGAAGGGCAUUGAUCGAAACGCCGCCGCGGACAGCAGAGAUACAUUGGUCUUCUGCCACGAGAUUGUGCGCCAAGCUCAUGUCAGUCGUGCGAACGGCAGCGCCGGCGCAAGAUCCACUCCUGUGAAAGUCAAUCGAUACAUCAUGCAAGCCGAACCCGAUGUAGCCAGAAAAGCACGAAGACCAACAACGUCACAAUCGUUCAAGCUCGUCAGCUUUGCACUCAGCCUCCUCCGUAGAGUACUUCAGCGGCACGAAGACCUGAUGACUCCGGUAAACUUGGCGGGAUUCCUUCCCAUCGCUGGCGACUCCUUGGUGGAGGGACACGAAGAAGUCCAACUGGCCGCUGUCAAGCUGCUAAGCACUAUCAUGAGGGUCAAGAUGGCGGAGCUCGAUAGCAAUGCCGCGCUGUACGUCAAGGAAGCGAUGCGAAUCAUCAACGGCGCGCCUAGCAUGACUACGGACUCGGCACGGGCUGCUCUUGAGCUCGUCACGUGUGUGCUGCGAGAGAGGCGUACUGCAGAAGUGCGAGACCGCGAUCUAGCUGAUGUGUUGAAGGCCUUGAAGAACGAUCUCGAUGAGCCGGAUAGGCAAGGCAUCGUCUACAAGUUCUUGCGGGCUGUGCUCGGGCGCAAGAUCAUGAUCACCGAAGUCUACGAGAUCAUGGACGAAGUGGGCAAAGUGAUUGUCACGAACCCAGACCGCAGCGUGCAAGAAGGUGCGAGAAGUGCCUACUUGCAGUUUGUGCUGGAAUAUCCCCAAGGCAAGGAGCGGCUUCGAAAGCAAUCUGGAUACCUCGUGGAGAACCUCAAGUACGAGCAUGCCACUGGCCGACAAAGUAUCAUGGAACUUCUGCAUCAGCUGCUGUCGAAGCUGCCUGACGACGCUCUCUCUCAAAUGGCCUUCACCCUUUUCAUCGCACUUGUGCCUAUUCAAGUUGCUGAUGCGGAUCAAUCGUGCCGAAGGAUGGCCGCCUUGCUGAUUGGCAAGAUCUUUGAGCGAAGCACGGAAGAGCAGAUGGCAACUUACCUCGGGCUUAUGGCGAAAUGGCUACAGAAUCAGAGCAACCCAGGCACUCAGACCGCUGCGCUUCAAUGCUGGAUGGUAUUGCUUCGAGCGCGAGUCCCGUCUGCGAAGCAUGUAAAGAGCCUUUGUGAGCACAUUGAGCAAGUUCUGCACUCGGAUGACGCGAAGAACUCCAAUUUGAAUGCUGCUCUACAGACCUUCCAGGUUCUGGUUGAUGUUGUGCCCGAUGUCGCUUUCGCGAGAGAGUCAGCUGGUCUUUGGGAUAAACUCAGCUCCGUACUCAGAGUGGGCGAUGUGGAGGUCAAGGAGCUCGCGGCGAAGCUGAUGGAGGUGCUCUUCUCCCAUCUUGCGAGCACCAGCUCCAAGACAGGCUCGGGACUGGCGAACCUGCCUCUCCGAGGCUCGGGCGGGUUGGCGCUGGAUGCCGACCAAUUGCGGCAGUGGUGCUAUUCCAGCCUGCGAACUUUGCGAGCUGGCCCGGAAAACACGAGUGAGGCCUUGCAAACCCAGACUGCGAGGAAUCUUGUAUUUCUCGGCCGCUGUUUUGCAGCGAAUGGCAUGAAGUGGCGAGAAGUCACGGAGGAUGCAUCCGACGACGAAGAGGAAGAAGACGAGACGAUGGUCGACACAGCGCAAGCGAAAGAUCCCUCCGCCAUUGCGUACCUUUUCAACCGCCUGACGUACAUCAUCCGACAAGAGAACCUGCCUACAACAACACGCACAGCAGCCGUGCAAUGCCAAACCGCCCUCAUCAGCGUUACACCCUCCAUCCCCAAUCUGGAAUCCGUCCUGCAGCCCUUGUACUCCCUCACGGAUACCACCGUGACGCGGCCCGAAGGCGAGACUUUCGAUCAGCUCGUCGACAAGGCGCGGGAAGUAAUGGAUGUGAUUCAGAAGAAGGUGGGGUCGGAGGUAUACAUUACUGCUCUUGGGGUUGUGCGUGCUGCGGCGAGGGAGAGGCGGGAAGAGAGGAGGCGCAAGAGGCGGAUUGAGGCUGUGAGUGCGCCGGAGAAGUGGGCGAAGGAAAAGAAGAGGAAGCAUGAAGCGAGGAAGGGCAAGAUGAAGGAGAGGGCGGAUGAGGCGAGGGGGAGGCGGAGGGGGUGGUAG